AUGAAGAAGCUCGCUUCUUUCCUCUUCGCCAUAUUGGCGUCAAUGUAUUUGGAAACCAAGUCAUUCUACUUCAUUUUGCUACCACUCGGUGCAGUCGCGACGCCUAUAGCUUCUAGGGGUUCUUAUGCGCCGCCUCUUUUCCUCUGUGAGACUAUUCAGUUGACGGACGAAACCCUCUCACGGGCAGCUCUAUCUAUCCAAAACAAAACUAUAUCCGAUCUGUUUUCAUUUGGGCCCAGCUUCAAGAACCUGUCAGACGCCCAGAAACUCCCGCAUAGCUGCAAACUGUUACCAGGUGACGCGCUUUGGCCAUCUGAUACAGUCUGGAAAACAUUCAAUGAUCUUCUGGAAGGUAGCUUGAUUCAACCAGAACCCUUGGCUGCUGCAUGCUACCCCGAAUGGUCUGACUACAAUGUCGAGACCUGCGCCACCAUCACUGCACAAUGGAUGAACUCGGAUCUGCACAUGAUCGACCCGACCUCAAUAAUGUCGCCCCUGUACGAAGGACGCUCCUGCAUGCCAUUAGGAUAUAUUUACACCGGUUCAUGCCUCCAGGGAGCUUACCCGACGUAUGUGGUAAAUGCAUCGACAGUUGCACAAAUCCAACUAGCGGUGAACUUCGCGCGGAAUUCCAAUAUUCGCCUCGUUGUUAAAAAUACUGGCCACGACUUCAAUGGAAAGGCAUCUGGGAAAGGUGCUCUUUCAAUCUGGACCCAUUGGUUGAAAGACAAAGCCUACUAUCCUAGUUUUCAGGCUGCCAAUGGCUACAACGGCCCGGCUAUCAAGGUUGGUGCCGGUAUACAAGUCUUUGAGGCCUAUGAGUUUGCAAAGGACCUAGGUGUGACUGUUGUUGGAGGCGAGGCUAUUACCGUUGGUUUGGCUGGAGGUUAUACGGCUGGAGGUGGCCAUUCUCCCUUGAGCAGUCUGUAUGGGAUGGCCGCGGAUCAAGUACUGGCUUUGGAAGUGGUUUUGGCGGACGGCAGUUUUGUCACUGCUACUGCAAGCGAAAAUCCAGACGUCUACUGGAUGCUUCGCGGUGGCGGUGGCAGCACAAUUGGAGUUGUAGUCUCGAUGACAGUGAGAGCGUACCCAAAAUUGCCUACUACUACAGUCACUUUCAAUUUUACUAUUGAUGAUACCGCUGGCCCCGAUGCCUUUUGGGGUGCAGUACAGGCCUACAUCGACAAUAUUGAAACCUUCGUGGACGCCGGCACAUAUGGCUAUUACUAUCUCGGGGCAUCAGCAGUGGAAGUCGGCACUGACUACGCGGGAAAUACGGAUUAUUAUUUUCGAAUGGAGUCCUUCGUUGCACCAAAUAUGACAGUAACAGAGACUCGGGAAUUACUUGCUCCUUGGUUCAACGUGCUUGAUGAGUUGAACGUGACAUACAAUCCGUGUCACGAUGUCUGGGUCGUCGCCUUUCCUCAAGAGUACGUAGGCACAGAUGCAACCAAGUUUGGCUCACGGCUCAUUCCCCGGAAUGUUUUCCAAGACGAAGAACUGCGCCGAGAGCUAUUUAUUGCUCAUGAGAAUGCAAUUGACAAUGGCCUCUACAUUUUGGGAUUCCAAGUCAGCGGAAAAGGCAUCGCAAUUGAACCACCGACAGAUAACGCUGUUCUUCCAGCAUGGCGCAAUGCUCUUGCACAUAUACUUGUUGGCAUAGAAUGGAACCCAGCAUCCAGCUGGGAGGUGGUUUAUAACUCGUCUCUAUAUGUCACUGACUGGAUGGAUCUUCUACGUGACAUUGCACCCAACUCGGGGGCUUAUAUGAGCGAAGCCGAUCUUUUAGAGCCUAAUCUGCAGGAAGCCUUCUACGGAACGAACUAUCCUCGUCUGUAUGAAUUGAAGCAACGGUAUGAUCCCACGGGCCUUUUCUUUGCUCUGACCGCUGUCGGGGCUGAGGAUUGGGAGAUCCAAGUUACUGAUCCGUUGCCAAACUCGUGGAACAACAAUGGAAGGUUGUGUCAUGUUUAA